AUGGCUGCGCCUUGGAGCCACGACGGAGUUCCAGAGGACGCCAAGAGCACCGUCCUUCACACACCCGCUUGCCUAGAUGCUGAGAUCCAACGACGGAAUAUGAGCUUUUUGGAGAAGGAACUCCGAGUAAAAGUACCUGAUGGAGAGCACAUCUACUAUGAUGAACGUGGAAAGAUGUCAAUGACGGGUGUGGUAUCCCUUGUUGAAGAGUCCUCCAAAGAGCCCCAGUUCGAUACACGUAUCCUAUGGGGUCCUGGAGCGGAGGCGAGAGUUGCCAAGAGACUCAUCGACAUGGCGCCGGCAAUCAAGCAUUCGGCCUGGACCACGGCACAAGUGGUACUUCCUGAGAUUCCAGCGAAUCCAAACCUGUCUCCGGUCGUCAUCACUCUUCUCAGGUCCGCUAUCGCGGAAGAGCGAGAGUGUUGGAAGCAACUAGACGUUCUAGAGACGGUACACACUCUCCAAUCACUUCUAGCUCUAAACAUGGAAGCCAUUGUAGCUUCCAUGUGCGCCUUAACUAGCAUUCAUGGCCUCGGAGAUGAUUUCAAGACGGCAGCUCAAAAAGUGUUGCCUGACGUGUACUUCAAUUUCAUAGCGCUGCGUGAAGAACACAAACUGCUCAAAAAAAAGACAAAUGUUGAUGGUCAGAAGGAAUUGGCUUGGUUCAGGAAACAGUGGAAUCCCAUCCUAGAGAAACUGCUACCUGGACGACUCGCCAACAAGAUGGAAAAAUAUGCAGACAGGAUGCAAUACCUCUUGGACAACGACAAACGCUAUUCCCCCAAAAACCCGGCCAUUGUUGGAUAUAAGUAUCCUAGUUGGGCCGGUUCUUGGAAUUAUGUGGACGAAUGA